AAUGAAUGCUCAGAUUCUAUUUCGUGUUUUAUGUCCAACUAAAUUUUCUUAAAGGGUUUAUCUCGUAGGAAAUAAUCCAAUAUUAGGUGAUUGGAAUCCCUAGAAUGGAAUAAAAUUGAUCACAAAUUCAGAUAUGUACCCUAUCUGGAUAAAUGAAUUGCCUUUGGAAAUUGAAUAAAGUAACCUUCUAUUUAAAUAAGUAGAUUAAAUACUUGAGUUCAAAAUAGUUAUAAUUGAUGAUAUAAAUUCUUAAUGGGAGAUUGGAGCAAACAGAUUGAUAUAAAUUUGUAGCCAAAAGAUGAUAGUGGUCUUAACUUUUAAUUCGUCAUCACUUAUUAUUAAUAAUAUAAAAAAUUAUUGUCAAAUACUGAUUUAACUAAUAUUACUGAGUGUAUUUUAAAUAAUUAUAUUUAGCCAAUACAAGAAAGAUUUCAAUAUAGCUACAAGAGAAGUUAUAUGAUUCAGAUGAAGACUCGGUAAUAAUUGAAUUAAUUUUUAUUAGGAUCAAGAAUUAGAAAGUGAUGAGAAUUCAUUAUUUUAUGAUGAAGAAACUUAAUUUAUCUCCAAUGAAUAAUAUUAUUCUAGUCCAAAACAAUAAUCAAAUGAACAAAAUUACCUAUCAAACUCUGGAUUUGGAAGUUUUGAUUUUUGA